AUGACGGAUCUUUGUGAUGAUUUGGAAGUUUAUAACUAUACGAAAUGGGCCAGAAUCACGGUCACGGUGCUUUCGACGAUUGCCAUCGUACUGGGUACCUUUGGAAACGCCAGUGUGAUCAUCAUAACUAUCUCCACCCCCAUCCUGCGGACCUGGGACAAUUCCUUCCACAUCAAUCUGGCGGUCGUUGAUCUACUUAUCUGCAUCACGGUGGCGCCAUUCACGAUCUUUUCGGUGUGGUCGUGGGGAGAGCACUUCCCAUCUAAAUGCACCAUUGCCCGCGGGAUCAUCUUCGGACCUGCCAUUAACAUGACCAUUCUGGCAACCAUCAGCGUUCUACGUUCGUAUAAAAUUCGUCACCCAACGCACGACGUCAGCAAGGCAUUGAUGAAAGCAGGCAUAGUCCUGCCUUGGAUGAUCGGAUUUUGCUUGUCAAUGGUUGACAUACUGAGGAAAAAGGAGUACCCUUUUCAGGUGGAAUGUCAUAGUGAAGGAAGAGGUGAAGUUACCGUUUCUGCUCUGAUUCCUUUGGCUAUCAUUUGUGGCACGGUGAUGCUCGUCAGUUAUAUAUCUGCGUUUAAGAAAAUUUUACAUCAACGUCAAGCAAUAAAACCUUAUGCCACGGGCCAUAUAGUAAGUACUAUAUCCAAUACCAGAUUGGAAGAAUCUCAGUUUAAUGGUUCCACGUUUGAUGCCACGCGUGAAGGCAGAAGUAGACAUUUUGCAGAGACUUUGGCAUGCGAAUACUCAGAUGUGUUCGAAAUCAAAAAUGGAACCGAUCACCAUUAUAUUAAAUUGGUUCAAAAAGACCAACAUGUUAUUGUCACGAGUCUUAUAGUUAUCGCCGUGUAUGUUCUUACCGUUUUACCAACAAUCAUAAUGAACAGAGUAUUUGUAUUGGUUCAGCAUUCCGUUCACGCUUACGGUAUGGCGCAGGUCACUGCUUCGUUCGUUAUCAUUAAUAGUUUUGCCAACCCCUUCAUCUAUACACUGCGAACCGAUGUGGUACGAAAGAGAUUUUGUGACUGGAUGACGUCAAUAAGGAAAAAGAUCCGACCCCCUGAAAACAAGAUAGAGGACAAUUAUAUUUGA